UCCCAGCAUGCAGCGGGGGCGCGGGGCCUGUCGGGAGCCACUUCUCAAGCCGGAAGUAGUUCCUGCCCGGAGGUUUCUAGAGCUUCGGCUCCUCAACUCGCCGAGGUGACCUGUGUACUUCCCGCGUAUCACCUGCAGUAUCGGUUGAAGCCUUACUCAUCCUGCCCUCAGGAAAUCUAAGCCUUGCAGAGAAGAUAGGCUUGUGAUAAUAGUAACCUAAAGCAGGACUUGGGGUCGCAAAGAGUAGGUCACGACUGAGCGACUUGAACUGAACUGAAAGCAGAACUUGAUCAGUUCCCGAAGAGAGGCCCUGUUGGUUUAACGUGGAUUUUUUAGUUUGGAGGCUUGUUUAGGAUUGGGUAGAGCUCAUGAAAAGCAGUCCAGUAUUGGUAGAAACUGCUGAAGCAAGAGUUUCAGAGAAUCUUGCUGUAACAAAUUGUUGGCGAGAUUCCCUGGAAUAGGAAAUGGCAACACACUCCAGUAUUCUUGCCUGGAAAAUUCCAUGGACAGAGGCUCCUGGCGGCCUGCAGUCUAUGGGAUCUAAAGAGUCAGACACGGGGAGAGCACGCAUGCCACGCAUCCCAUUAAAGAGUUCGUCAGUCUUUGGCUGGGGGUUUCAUAAUGAACAAUCCAACCAUUUGGACAAUAAAAAUAUUAUUCUGGUCAAGAAUAGUAGAGUCAUGCUAAUGGAAACAGUUGUUCACAAUCAAAAUUAACAAAGCAAAAAACAAAACCAAACACCAAGAUGUCUGUUGAUCCAAUGACCUAUGAGGCCCAGUUCUUUGGCUUCACACCGCAGACUUGCAUGCUUAGGAUCUACAUUGCCUUUCAAGACUACCUGUUUGAGGUGAUGCAGGCUGUUGAACAGGUUAUUCUAAAGAAGCUGGAUGGCAUCCCAGACUGUGCGAUUAGCCCAGUCCAGAUUCGCAAGUGCACAGAAAAGUUUCUUUGCUUCAUGAAAGGACGUUUUGAUAACCUUUUUGGCAAAAUGGAGCAGCUCUUCUUACAGUUGAUUUUGCGGAUUCCCCCAAACGUCUUACUUCCAGAAGAUAAAUCUCAGGAGACACAUUCUUACAGUGAGGAAGAAUUCCACUUUCUCCAAAAAGAAAUUGAACAGUUACAGAAGAAGUAUAAGACUGAAUUGUGCACUAAGCAGGCCCUUCUUGCAGAAUUAGAAGAGCAAAAAAUCGUUCAGGCCAAACUCAAACAGACAUUGUCUUUGUUUGAUGAACUUGAAAACGUUGGCAGAGACCAUGGGGCUAGUGAUUUUAGGGAGGGCUUGGUGUUCCUGAUCCAGAACUCCAGAAAACUCCAGAAUAUCAGAGAGAAUGUGGAAAAAGAAAGCAAACGAUUGAAAAUAUCUUGAUUUCUCAAUAGGAAAAGGAGUUUCUCAGAAGGUGGACUGGUACAGGAUUUAUAUUGAUGAUAUUCUUAAUCCUAGUGAACUGCAUAUUUUGGGGAGGGUUUCUUUUUUCACGCUUUCUUAUAUUCCACAUCCUCCUGUUUUAGUCCACUCUCCUGAAGCAUCUGUGUUUUAUGUUGAACUAAUCUUUGAAGCAUCUGUGCUUAGAGGUCUGUAAUGGGUGGGAAGGGAUUCUUGGUUCAUUAAGAACUCAUUUGGGGACAUGACUGAAGAAGUAAAGCUUUCCCUGGCCAUUCAAAGAUAUUUGUAAAAGUUGUACCUUGGUCAUGAGUCCUUUGUAACCUUGACCUUUUUGACUUACUCUUUGGAUGAAACGAAGUGACACAAAGGUUAAGUGGGUGUCUUCUUUAUUAACCAGCCACCACAUUGUGGGACAGCCAACACAGACUGCUUGUUCUUGCUCAGUAAGUUUUCUUCUUACAUGAGGAAGUUAAUAACUAGCUGAAAGAAGCAAGUAGCAGAAAAAACAACCAUGACCUUUAGAAAGAAGAAAGAAGUUGUUUGUUUCUAAGAUAAAUCCUUGAUGAUGUUAAAGAGUUUAAUGUCUUAGAGCCCAGCAAUGGAAGACAUUGGACAAAAAAGGAAGCAUCUUACUGGCAUAGAAAAGAAAGCCUGGAACAUACUGAAUUGCAAAGAUUAUAUUAACUAUUAGGUAUAUAUACCUUUUUUUUUUGGUCAUACUUCAGUUAGUUUUGGAAUCUGCCUUGAACCUAAUAUUUAAUUAACUUAUUUAUUCACACUCAUAGAAACUCAGUGAUAAAUUUUAGCUGUAUUUUGUGCUUAUAUUUGAUGGAACCUAAUAUUUCCUUUUGUAACUAAUCCAUGUAAAAUGUUAGAUCACCCAUGGAAAGGGGAGAAAUGGCAAUAGCUGCUCCUAAGGUAUUACUUGGCUUCCAUGUCUUCCUAAAGAACAGAAUUUGAAGUUUCUCCUUUAUAUAGAAGUGUAACUUAGGGUAUUCAUAUUUGAAAUUAAAUAUUCAUCACUAUAAGAAGCCUGUUUUUACCUGGAAUACAAUCCUGUACAUUAAAUAUGUAUAUUUUAAAA